CUCAAACAUCAUUUAUCCAUGAGUGAACCCAGGCAUCUUCAACAGGUCCCAUAUCCAUGAGGGUCAUGUUGAUAUUAUAUAGGGGAGGACCUGGGGGUUUCAUGCUGCUAUCUAAGCACGACCGGACAGAAUGGCCAUUACCGCGCUUCCUAAAGCCACCAUUCAACUCCUAAAUUCGGCCCAGGUCCUCACCACACCCACGUCUCUUGUCAAGGAGCUUAUUGACAAUGCCCUUGAUGCCAAAGCAACAUCUAUCGACAUUAUUAUCUCUCCAAACACCCUGGACAAGAUCGAGGUUCGAGACAAUGGGCAUGGCAUCCGGCCCGACGACCUUGAUGCCUUGGGAAGACGCGGGCAUACUAGCAAAUUGAGAUCAUUCGACGAACUGAGGCUCCUUGGUGGUAUUACUUUGGGCUUUCGUGGGGAAGCACUGGCCAGUGCAGUCCAACUGGGGGAAGUCUCAAUCACCACGAAGACUGAGGGCGAACCAGUUGCAACCAAGGUCAAAUUGAAAGCGGUUGGCGGAAUCGAAAACCAGACUCGUACUUCUCAUCCAAUUGGUACCACAGUCUCUGUUUUAAAUUUUAUGGCGAAGCUUCCUGUGAGAAAGAAGACCUUUGAGAAGGAAGCAGCAAAGACACUAGGCAAAGUCAAUCAACUCUUACAAGCGUAUGCCCUUGCACGGCCAUCCAUCAGAUUCAGCCUAAAGAUUACCAAGGGCGGUAAGGGUUCCUGGUCUUUCGCACCUCGUCCAAAUAGUGGUGUCAAAGAGGCAGUUUCACAGGUCAUUGGUAGAGAUGCAGCCUUGCAAUGCAUCGAGAAGUCGUUUGUGUUUCCUGAAUCAAAGUUAGAGGAAGAUGGCGCCGAAGUCGACGAAGAAUAUGCUACAAAUUCUGUCCCUGAGGAUGCAAUCGACCAAGGGAAGAAGUCCGAACGCUUCAUUAUCGAAGCCUUUCUUCCAAGUGCAGAUGCAGAGCCUUCCAAGGUCGGGAACGGCCAGUUCUUAUCGAUCGAUUCCAGACCAGUGUCACACGAGAAGGGCACAAUGAAGAAGAUCGUUACUGUUUUUAAAAAGUAUAUCAAGGACUGUCUUGCUGAUGCCUCUGAUAAUCUGAGGAAUCCCUUUGUUCGUCUGAACAUAAAGUGCCCAGUUGCUAGCUACGAUCCAAACGUGGAGCCUGCAAAAGACGAUGUUCUCUUCGGAAAUGAAUCUCUUGUGCUGGAAGCGGUUGAGAAAUUGUUUAAGACUGUCUAUGGCGAGUGCAAAGUCGCACCAGCUGCACCGGCCCCGCGGGUCUUGGCCAAAAGUGUUGACAAUUUCGAACUGCUUCUUGCCCGAAAACCUGCCACAUUAUCUAAUAGGGAUCAGCAACAAUCCGCACAGGCUGCGCCUUUAAUAGCACCGUCCCCUGGCCCAUCAUCUCCUCCACAUAUUUCUAAGUCACCAAGAACUAAUGUUGAAGAAAACGCUGAUGAGCCAUCCACCAACAAGCAGAGAAAAUGGGGAUUCACCAUGUCUACGGACUUCACCAAGGAGGCUGAAGACUUUGAACAACAAAACCAGCGGAACAAUCACGGAGCAGGUCCGGCACGGGAUGCGGAUGAGGAGAUGUUACCAGAGCUGACAAAUCCUCUGAAUCCAUGGAUUAUUGCCAAGAUGAGUGCUCCUAGUACUCGAGGCUCUGCGACAACCUCGAGGGAUGUCAAUCCAAUCUCGGCGUUGACACCUAUCACCCCAAAAGUCUAUCGAGUGUCUGAACCUGGUUCCGAUGUCAUUCAUCGAUCAAAUACUCGAGGCCAGCAGACAUCUCGUAGUGCCGAUAUUGAGGGUGUGCAGCCAAAAGUGCCGACGAGGAUAUCCAUCCAGCAACCCAUCGUCUCUUCCAACAGACAACAAUUACCCAUCGAUGAUGAGCCUGAUCUAUUUAUCACUGAUAAUGAACAACCUCGUCAAACCAGCCGCAGGAACGACUUUGUCACCGCAAGAGAUAUCGCACCAAAUUCUCUCAUGUCGCCACCAUCCACCCAGCUCUCCAAAGUUCCUUCAAGAGCCAUUGGCUUAAACAAACCGUUUGUAUCGCCCCUUGUUAAUGACGGAAAUAGGGCAAAGCAAGACAGUCUGCGCCAAACCAAGUUGAUCCAAGAUCCCCAGCCUUCUUGUGUCCAGGACGGAAAUCAUCAGGAUAUGCCCAACAACUCUGAUCUCGCUUGGGCUAUGGAUUUUGAACAAAGGAAAGAGGAUGCCACUCGUCGACGUCGUGAAGAGGUUAGAGCUGCCAGAGUAGCUGAAAAAGAUUCCACCGCGACAAAUGUGAGUCGAUCUUCUCCGCAUACAAAUCGGUAUAAUGCCGCGAUAGCCAGCCUGGAAGCGGGCCUGCCCUCAAGUCGUUCUAGUGCUUUGGAGGUGAAGAAAGCAUUUUCUACAUCUCUACCCGACGAUGAUCCGCGUGGAUAUCUUUUAAGACGACAGCAAUCUUUGGCCUCUCAUACAAGCAAGCCAGGGGAUCUGCCGAAAAUGUUACGUGCAAAGUCGAUGAAGCUCCCAUUGGAAAGAAUUCCCCGCGAUGCCCAGUUGCACCAACUGGUUCAACCACUUCCCACCGAGAUCAGUACGCUAGGACAAACUGCAGCGAUAUUGGCGAAGGACGACAUGUAUAUUAGUCGCGGAAGUCUGGCCGCUGGACUCGUGACGAUCAGUGAGGAGACAUCAGAAGUCGCCCGGAUGCUUCAACGCGUUGUCGAAGCCUGGGUGAAGGAUGCGGGUGAUGAAAAGUUGGAGGUUGAGUAUAUUGGCGAUUUCUCGAUGCUGAAUCAUUAGGUGUGGCACACGAUGUGACAGGAAAGGAUCUUUGCAUUUAGAAACCUAUAUCAUUCCCGUUGCAUUUCCAGAUACCCAUUUGCUUUAUAUAAAGAAAAGACAUAGUUC